AUGUCCUCCCCCAUCGUCGUCUGCAUCGGUAACCCCCUCCUCGACAUCCAGGUGUCGCCCCAGGACGGCCCCAAGUACCUCGAGAAGUACGGCCUCAAGGCCAACGAUGCCAUCCUCGCCGAGGAGAAGCACAUGCCCAUCUACGAGGACAUUGUCGCCAACUCCGAGGUCACCUAUGUGGCUGGUGGUGCCGCCCAGAACGCGGCGCGUGCGGCUUCGUACGUCCUCCCCGAGAAGUCGGUUGCCUACAUCGGCUCGGUCGGUGACGAUGACCUUAAGCAGACCCUCCAGAAGGUCAACGAGACCGAGGGUGUUGUGAGCGCGUACGAGGUCCAGCCCGCGCCCACGAAGACCGGUGCCUGCGCCGUCAUUCUCUCGAACCACGACCGUUCGCUCGUCACCACCCUCCGCGCCGCCGAGAUGUUCCACAAGGAGCACCUCGCCAAGCCCGAGGUCGCCGCCCUCAUCGACGGCGCCAAGUUCUUCUACAUUGGCGGUUUCUUCCUCACCCACGGCAUCGAGUCGGCUCUCGAGGUCGCCAAGGCUGCCUCGAGCCGCGGCAAGACUGUUGUCCUCAACCUCUCAGCGCCCUUCAUCGCCCAGUUCUUCAAGGUCCAGCUUGAGGAGCUCCUUCCCCACGUCGACAUCCUUAUCGGCAACGAGUCCGAGGCCGCCGCUUACGCCGAGGCUGCCGGCCUUGCCGACGCCACCCCCGAGCAGGUCGCGUCCACCCUUGCCGUCUUCUCCAAGUCGAACGCCUCGCGCCCCCGUGUUGUCAUCAUCACCCAGGGCCCCGACAGCACCCUCGUCGCGUCGUCGAGCCCCUCGGCCUCGCCCGCCAACCUCUCCCCCAACGACCCCAACCCCAAGAUCUACCCCGUCCCCAAGCUUGCCGCCGACAAGAUCAUCGACACCAACGGUGCCGGUGACAUGUUUGCCGGUGGCCUUCUUGGUGCCCUCGCGCAGGGCAAGAGCCUUGACGAGGCCAUCGAGGUCGGCCACAAGCUCGGCCAGAUGUGCUGCGGCCAGAUCGGCCCUAAGCUCCAGUUCCCCAAGGUCAACGUCCUUUAA